AUGCUGCUCCCCACAUGGGACACAAAGUUGUCGUGUUUGACAUCUCUGUCGUCAGAGCCUUAUGGGAAACCCGUGUCAAGAAGCACAGAGCAUGGCAGAAGAAGGAGGCGGAGAGGCUGGAGAAGAGUGCCCUGGAGAAGAUAAAGGAGGAGUGGGACUUUGUGGCCGAGUGCAGGAGGAAGGGCGUGCCCCAGGCGGAGUACUGCAAGAAUGGCUUCGUGGACACCAACACAAGGCUCCUGGAAAAGAUAGAGAGGAACUCGGUCUCCAGGCAGAGCGCACGCAUCAAGGACAGAGGCAAACGGAGCAGUCCGUUUGUGUUUGAACUUUCAGGGACGCAGUGGACGGAGCUGCCUGAUUCACUGAAGGAACAGACACACCUCAAAGAAUGGUACAUUCACAACACCCUCAUUCAGAUCAUUCCGACGUACAUUGAGCUGUUUCAAGCAAUGAAAAUUUUGGAUUUGCCAAAAAACCAAAUCACAUGUCUUCCAGCUGAAAUUGGUCGCUUGAAGAAUCUGAAAGAACUCAAUGUAAGUUUCAACCACUUGAAGAGUAUUCCCCCGGAGCUAGGAGACUGUGAAAAUCUAGAGAGACUGGACUGUUCUGGGAACCUGGACCUGAUGGAGCUCCCCUUUGAGUUAAGUAAUUUGAAGCAAGUGACCUUCGUGGAUAUCUCCGCCAACAAGUUCUCCAGCGUUCCGAUCUGUGUCCUGCGGAUGUGUCGUCUGCAGUGGCUGGAUGUCAGCAGCAACAAUCUCAGUGACCUGCCACAAGAUAUAGACAGGCUGGAAGAGCUACAAAGUUUCCUCCUGUAUAAAAACAAGCUGACCUACCUUCCUCAGGCUAUGCUCAACCUCAAAAAGCUCACCUUGCUGGUUGUCAGUGGGGAUCACCUGGUGGAGCUCCCGACGGCCCUCUGCGAUGGCUCCACGCCUUUGAAAUUUAUAAGCCUUAUGGACAAUCCCAUUGAUAAGACCGGGUGCCAAGACACUGAAGACACAGUAGAAAGCGAACAGGACCGCCAGCAUCUUGAUAAGGAAUUUAUGAAAGCAUAUAUUGAAGACCUUAAAGAAAGAGAAGCUGUUCCCAGUUACACCACCAAAGUGUCAUUUAGUCUUCAGCUUUGAUUAAGUCCACCGGAAGAUGACAAAAAUCUUACUGCCCUGUGCUCUAAAUCUUUGCAUAUGCAUUACCUCUUAUUGGAAUUGCAGCUUGUACUUAAGGACAAAGACUAGAAACUACCAUCUUCACUAUUAAGAAAAAAACCAUUCAAAUUACUGAUAAACUUGCUUAUAUAUUAAUGUUAGCUGACUAAUAUAUAUACUUGUCCUAAAUACUGCAUACUUAAUAUUUUAGGAAACACAUUGCUUAAAACAAUUACAACAUAUGGAACAAGUGUUGAAAUUGAAUGCAUUAUGUUCAGGUAUCAAGGGCUAGAGGGCUAUGGGUGAAAUGGAGAAUUUACCACCUUGAAAAUGUUUCAGUAUACUGUUUACUUUUAUUGAGAACAACGAGUCUAAACAAGUUGCUACUUCCACAUUUCAGAUCCAUUUCUCCAAGUAUGUUUUACGUUGUACUUUGGCUCUCAGGAGAGCCUGAAGGUAUGACUUGGGUCUUGAGGGUGGAAAGAAGGGCUGGUGUAUGUAGAGCAUCCGGCGCAUCCCGCACUAAAUGCUCACACAGCGCAAGCCCAGGAAGAUCUGAACACUCUGCUUGGUCUUGUCCUGACCGGCCACCUGGUGGUCCUCAGAACAGUGCCUUCAGGGCUCAUUCCUGUAGGUGUUUUAGGGAGUGUGGAGACCACACUGAUGGCUUCCACGUGGUAGUCACAGGAGGGCUCUGCCCACUGGAGAGCAGCUGUGGGCUGGCAGAAGACCCUCUGGUGUUAGUUUGCAUUGGCAAAGGCUGGCUUCUCUUUGGGGUCUCUGUUCUUGAAUCAGGUUUACACCACUGGAAGAACUGUAUGAAGAAAGUUUGUAUUUUUAUACCGGUGUCUUAGGCUAAAGCAAACAGGAAGUGGCUGGUUGUUCUGAAGAGAAGAAAUACCCAUAACUCUUGUUUGUGUAUGGGUGGACUCCUUCUGGUGUCAUACGCUGCGGCCACUGCAGCCUUCGCCAUGGGGAGAACGUUCUGUGCCUGUGCCGUUAGAUGCUACAACAUCCAGGGAUGGGACACUUGUGUCUGACAAGCCUCAAAAAAUAAAUUUCAAAUGCAAUAUACUUAGUCAAUUGUGGCUACCAUACUGUACAGCAAAGCCUAACCUGUUAGGUUGGGGGCGGGAGGACAUUGCCUGUGAUUAAAAACAAACAAACAAAGUAAUU